AUGGCCAACUCUUCGCCGCCGCGAGUCCCCGCCACUCCCCCCAACACGCCCGCCUCCCGCGGCGGCGCGUCGUCGUCCUCGCCCUCUUCCUCAUCCGAGACUACCUCCUCGUCCUCUGCGUCCAACAACAGGAAGAACGUCAGGAUGGGAGUGGCCCCAACGGUGCCUCUCCGCCGCAGUUCUCUUAACCCCUCGCGAGCAGCCGCCGUCGCCGCCACCAGGACGAACCAGCAGCAGCAGCAGCAGCAGCAGCAGCAGCAACGAAACCGCACGGCUGCUGGCGGUGCCGGCAUGCGAGCCACCUCCCACCCCCGCGGCAUGAACCCUCACCAACACCCCAGCGGCGACACCACCGAGACCGCCUCGUCGAGCGCCAGCGCCAGCGGCGGCAGCAACAACGGCAGCCCCGCCGGCACCCUGCGCGGCCCGCGCGGCGGCAUGACGAUGCAGGGCGGCGGACGUACAGCCGCAGCAGCUACUACUGGCUUGUCGCCAUCGUCGUCGUCGGGUACUACUACCGCUAAUCGGAAGCGCAGUGGUGCCCCGGUGCCGCAGCGCAGCGGCGCGAAGCGGACCAAGCACAGCAACAACAGCCCUGGCGGAUCGUCGGGCUACGACUCGGAUCAGACGGAGGUGGACCCGAACCGUGGAUGGGACUCGAACUGA